GACUAACACUCAAUGAGGAAGCGAAACUGCCGAGCCAUUUUCAGCGUUGAAUAACCACCGCACGCCGCUUGCUGUGUGUGUGCUUGAGAGAGAGAAGAGCUACGAGAGAAAGGAAAGAAGCAAGCUCUCCUGGAUAUUUUUUUUUUACCGGAGCCCUCUCCUUCCUUUCGCCCUCUUACUGCUUGUGAGGGGGGAGGCCAGGGUGGACACACAAUGGGGCGAGGAGCCUGUGGCUACUGGGCCGUUGUAUUGCUGCUGAGAGGGGGAGGGGGUCGAGCGAAGGAGACCGGCACACACAGCUAACUCAGCCAGCCGGCUCCAGCCAGGCCUCAACAGGCUCAAUCUUACCCUGCUCCCUGGCCCUUUUCUGUUUUUUGUGUUUGUUUUUUUCAAGGAAUACCCCUCACUUUAACCUGGAUCUAUGGAUUAAUCGUGUGUGGAUUAUUUUUUAUGGAUUUUGUGAAACUGAUUUAUAUUGGAACCUUGAAAAUAACCGAUUUCUCUCUUCCUGUGUUUGUGGGAAAAGGAGCGAAAGGGAGACAAAACUUCUCCUGUUUUCUUUUUUUGCUUUGUGUUGAGGGAAGCUUCUAGAUGGAUUACAAGAUGCAUGCUAAGUCUAACGAUCUGCUGGAUUUUCAGACUCUGGAUGCCCUCUUGGAAAAAAUUGCACAUUAUUCUUCUGUCUCUGUGAAAAGAGAGCCUAGUGAGGAGUGCAAUGGAAUCAUCGGUGCUCUCUCAGUGGAGUCGUCCGCGCCGCCGUCGAGACUAAACAACUGGUGUCCCGCGGCCUCCGCCGCCCCUACCCCAACCCUUACCCCUGCUCCAGCCCCUGUGCCCGAGCCCCCAGUCACCUCUGCAAGAAUGGGGGACGGCCUGGAUGCAACCACAGUGCAGAUGUCUUCGUCGGGCAGCAGUAGUAGCAGCCAGGGGGGGCAGCCCCAGCCAUCCACCUACGUUCCAACCGUGCCAGAGUUUAACCCGCCGCCCCCGGAGUACGUCAACUCAUCGCAGCCCAAGCGGCAGACAAACCAGUUGCAGUACCUGCUGAAGGUGGUGCUGAAGACCCUGUGGAAGCACCACUUCUCCUGGCCCUUCCAGGCACCCGUCGACGCCGUCAAACUCAACCUACCGGACUACUACAAGAUUAUUAAAGUUCCUAUGGAUAUGGGAACAAUCAAGAAGCGACUUGAGAACAGCUACUACUGGAACGCCCAAGAAUGUAUUCAAGAUUUCAACACCAUGUUCACCAACUGCUACAUUUACAACAAGCCUGGAGAUGACAUAGUGUUAAUGGCUGAGCAGCUGGAGAAGAUGUUUCUCCAGAAGAUUACUGAGAUGCCCCAGGAUGAGACGGAGAUUGCUGUCAUGACCGGCAAGGGACGAGGCCGGGGCCGACGGGAAGGAGGCCUGAACUUGAAGCCAGGCCCAACUAUGGAUUCUCCGUCCACUACCCCCCAGACACGGGGCUUCUCCAGCCACUCCCCAGGCCCCCAGACCAGAGGACCACCAGAGCAGCAACAGACCCAGGACCAGGGGCCACCAUCUCUACCUCCUCAGCCCCUCAUGCAGGCCCUGCCCUCCCGCGUGCCCACAACGCUACCUGUCCACACCCAUGCCCAUGCGCCACAGCUGGGAGCCCCCUACUCACUGGGCCCGUCGGACCUGCCUCUCCAGGCCCCUCCUAAGCUCCCGAUUAUGACCUCCGUGCCUCCUCCACCCACCCAGACCACUCUGCCCCCCACCUCCAUCCAGAGCACUGCCCCAAUACUGCAGAACCCUGUGCCCAUGGCCAAACAGAGAAAGAGCCAGAAGAGGAAAGCUGACACGACCACCCCCACAGCCAACGACCAGCUGAGUGAGUCUUCUCCAGCCGAGUCCAAGUCGGGGAAGACGCUGCCGCGACGUGAAAGCGCCAGGCCCACCAAGCUAAUCAAGAAGGAGGCUCCAGACUCCCAGCACCACCUGGGCCUUGGGAUAGGUCUCGGUCUAGGGGGACCCGGAGGACCAGGGGUAGGGGCUCAUAGCCCCAAGCAGCAGGAGCAGCUACGGUACUGCUCCAGCUUGGUCCGAGACAUGUUACAUAAGAAGCACGCGGCCUACGCCUGGCCCUUCUACAAGCCAGUAAACGUGGACAUGCUGGGGCUGCAUGACUACCACGACAUCAUCAAACACCCCAUGGACCUCGCCACCGUCAAGUUGAAGCUGGACAACAGGCAGUACAGAGACGCCCAGGAGUUUGCUGCCGACGUGCGGUUAAUGUUCUCUAACUGCUACAAGUACAACCCACCCGACCACGAGGUGGUGGCUAUGGCACGCAGACUACAGGACGUGUUUGAGAUGCGCUUCGCCAAGAUGCCAGAUGAGCCCGAUGAGAUGUUGGCUUCGGCUCCUGCCCCUGUGCUGCUCCAGUCCUCCGCCCCCAUCAUCAAGGCCCAGCCGCCGCCCAUCCUAAACCCUGCCUCUUCCAUCCUAGGUCCUGCCUCCUCGGUCAAACACCCCGCUUCCUCCUCGGAUAGCUCCAGUGAUUCGUCUUCUGAGUCGGAAUCCUCCACAAACGACUUGGAGGAGGAGAGAGCCCAGAGACUGGCCGAGCUACAAGAACAGCUCAAAGCUGUCCACGAGCAGCUGGCGGCCCUCUCGCAGCCACAGGCCAGCAAACCAAAGAGAAAAGAGAAGGAGAAGAAGAAAGACAAGCACAAAAGGAAAGGAGCGGUGGAGGAGAUCCCGGAGCCGGCCAUUCAGUUCCCCAAGAAGACCAAGAACAACAACAGCAGCAGCAACAACAAGGAGCUCCUGCCCAAGAAGACCAAGAAACUCAGUAAGAAGGAGGGCGGUGCGGUGAAGAACAACCACUCUGCAGCCCUGGGCCCUCAGGCAGCGCUGCAGCCCCCAGCUCUGCAGCCCGUGUCGGGCUUGGGGGAGGGCCUGGAGGACACCCCGGCUGCAGCUGGAGCCCCCGGGGAGAAGGGUAGGCCCAUGUCGUAUGAAGAGAAGAGGCAGCUGAGUCUGGACAUCAACAAGCUGCCCGGCGACAAGCUGGGUCGUGUGGUCCACAUCAUCCAGUCCAGAGAGCCCUCGCUGAAAAACUCCAACCCCGACGAGAUCGAGAUAGACUUUGAGACGCUCAAGCCGUCCACGCUGAGAGAGCUGGAGAGAUACGUGUCGUCGUGCCUCCGCAAGAACAAGAAGAAGGUUCCUGUGGCAGAGAAGACCAUGGAGGCCAUGACUGCCGCCAAGAUCAAGGCCAGCUCCUCCUCUGACUCCGACAGCAGCGACUCCAGCUCCUCAGACAGUGAUGAGGAGAAGGGAAUCCCUCCUAAACAGAAACAGAAGAAAGGCCACGGGACCAACGAAGGGAAGAAGCCCCAUCUCCACCAUACCAUGUCUGGAGCUGGGCCCCUCCCCCAUGGCAUCCCUCACCCCCAGGGCCACCCUCACCCCCAGGGCCACCCUCACCCCCAGGGCCACCCUCACCCCCAGGGCCACCCUCACCCCCAGGGCCACCCUCACCCCCAGGGCCACCCUCACCCCCAGGGCCACCCUCACCCCCAGGGCCACCCUCACCCCCAGGGCCCUGUCCUGCAGCCCAGCAUCCACCUGAAGCAACAACAGCACCAUAACCCCUCCCCCGCCACAUACAUGGCCCCUCCCCCGGUAACGGUCACGGCGUUGGAGUCCUCCCAGUUGCUGGAGAACACGUUUGAUUUGCUGCCCCACUUCGGCCAGCAGCCACUCAUGCACCUGUCCCAACACCACCACUCCUCGUCGCCUGCCUUGCCCCCCCACCUCAACGUUCACUCGGCAGCGGGGCCUGUGUCCCCAGAGACGCACCCCUUUCUCAACCAGCACCCCAUCCACCCCAACCCUCCCAACCCUAACCCAGCUUUGCACAACGCCUUGCCCCAGCAGCCAUCUCGACCCAGCCACAGGGCAGCAGCUCUACCUCCCAAACCCCCGCAGCAGCAGCAACCAGCGACCCAGCCAACCCUACUACUACAACAACAGCUCCAGCCACAAGCCCCUCCACCCCAGCACCAUCUCCAGCCCCACAUCCUCCACCCCGCCCCCCAGUCCCUGCAGCAGCGACCCCUUCCCCCCACCCUCACCCCUCAGGGCCUAAUGUCCUCCCUGCCCCCCCAGAUGCUCCUGGAGGACGAUGAGGAGGUGAUUCCGCCCUUACCCCUCAGCCAGGUGCAUCUCUACCUGCAACAGCUCCAGCAGGGACAGAGCCAGGGAAGACCUGGCCAACAACCACACAAUCCCCAGCAGAUCAUGCAGUCUCUCCAGAUUCGCCAACAACAACAGAACCAGGCUCCCCUCCUGCAGUCUGUACAGGUCCAGCCCUCCCAACCCUCUCUUCAGCCACCCCAGCUCUCAGUCCAGCUUCCCCAGCCCCAGUCCAAACCCACCCCCCGCGCCAGCCUCAGCAGAUCCUACCCCCGCACCAGGUAGCCCGCCACCUGCAGCAGCAUGCACAGAUGGGUUACCCCUCCCAGGGGCCGGGGGCGCAGCAGACGGGUCAGUCAGACCGGCACGCUGCUGCAGGGCAACACAAGGGUUCCAUGCAGUCCUCCGCCAAAGCACAGCAUAUCAUCCAGCAACACCUCUCCCCUCGACAGAUCAAGGCUGAUCCAUACAACAGCGGGCACCUAAGGGAGAACCCCUCCCCCAUCAUGAUGCAUUCCCCCCCACCUCCCCCAGUAUCCCCCCAUAACGCACCAGUCUCCACCACACAACCUGCAGCCCAAGAAACGUGCGCCCCCGGCCCUGGUAGGCUUGAAAGAAGAGAAGUUGC